AUGGAAACAAAGAAGUUCAGAGAUGUUAGUAGCCGAUCUAAGGCUACUGCCGGGCUUUCUAUACAAGAACGACCACCAAUAAGUUCAAGAGCCACCUCAGUUGCUAGUGUUGGUAAUACCCGACUGAAUAAACCUGAGUGUCAGCAGUGUGGUAGGAGACAUGUUGGUGAGUGUUGGGGCAAGUACAACAAUCGAGUUUGCUAUAAAUGUGGAUCGAAAGAUCAUUUUAUUCGGGAGUGCCCAGAGUUUGCGGAUCGAAAUUCGACUCAGAAUACGAGAUCGGGCAACACAGCAGCUCGGGGUAGACCACCUAGGAACAAGGGUAAUGUGAGUGCCAGUCAGAGAGGUACUAAAGAUACGGCUGUUAGAUCCGAGGCUCGCGCACCUGCCAGAGCCUAUGCCAUUCGCGCACGUGAGGAGGCUUUAUCCCCAGACGUUAUUACUGGUACUUUCACUCUCUAUGAUACUAAUGCUAUUGCACUGAUUGAUCUUGGUUCGACUCAUUCAUAUGUGUGUGAAACUUUAGAAUUCAGUAAGACUUUGCCUGUUGAUGAUAUCCUCUAUGUUGGCUCAGAAGUAUCUGAGAAAAGGUUGUGA